AUGGCAAUGGCUGCGGGUCUAGCAAUACCGGCUCUUCUGGGUGCUGCAACAAAAAUAUUGCCCGGUAUUUUUGGUAAAAAGAGACAACAGGUGACCAAUAAUAAUUACAACAGACAACAGCAACAGCAACAAUAUCGCCCGCCACGACAGUAUUACCCGCCGCCGCAACAGUAUUACCCACCCCCGAAUUAUUAUCAACCACAACAGUACUAUCGACCACAACAACAACAACAACAAAAAAAACAAAUAGGUGGUCGUGUUAAUAAACGUAGAGCAAGAAAACCGCAGAAAAAAUGGUAUCGUUGA